AUGUAUUUGACUCCAUAUGAGGACGGCGUGUUGUAUACAGGUACUGGGGGAAUAAGGAGAAUCAAUAAUGAUGGUGAUCAGUUAUUUUUACCAAUGGAGGGGAAUUUAAGAGGCAUUACAUUUGUAGAACCUAAUACAAUAUAUGUCUGCAAGGGGUCCGAAGUUGAAAAGCAUACCACUGGAGGUACAAUGCUUCUAAGUGUUAAAUACAACGACCAAGGGGACCAGAUGUAUAGAAACGCUGAAAAUAUUUCAAUAAAUGGAAAAGGGGAUAUUUGUGUGGCUGAUUAUGAUUCCGCUGGGAACACCGAUUCUCACUCUGGAGUUACUGUGGUUGAUAAGUUUGGGAAAUAUCGCUUCUCAUACUCUACAAAACCUCCCUCUUGGAUAAUGGAUCUUUGUUGUGACUCAGGUUUCCACAUAAUCAUUGGUUAUAUAUCUAACACAAUACACGUAAUAGACAAAGAUGGUCACUUUCUGCGAAAACUGGAAUAUAGUGGAAUUGAUAAACCUUGGAGUGUGACCAUUGACAAUGAAGACAAUCUCUUUGUUUCUCAAAUGCAUGACGAUUUUUUAAGAAUGAUGAAAUAUAUGUACUAA